UCCACUGGCGCUCAAAUGGGUAACAGUGAGCACAGCAGACUGAAGUGGAGCGGCGGCGGCGGGUCCAACUCUGAGCCAAGUGAGACAGCGUCCCCCUUUUCUGAAGCGUCACCCACAGGACCCGGCGCGGCUCUGACCGCUGCGGGGAAACUUGCGUCUGCCACCCGAGUGCAGGCGCUCAGGAUGCGGACCGACGCCUGCAGCUGCGCAGACUGACAGUUUAAAAAAAACGCUCCUAAUCCAUUUUUCCCCCUCCUCUCCUUCCCCCGGAGGAUUACUCCUUUAUUCAAUGAUAAUGGGUUCUGUGAUGUUGGACUGGAGGUUAUCUUGUCUUCUUCUGCAGGCAGCUGCUCUGCUGCUGCUCAGCGAGGGGGAGAGGAUGUGCCCCGCGAGUUGUCGCUGCGAAGGAAAGAUUGUUUAUUGCGAGUCCGGCAUCUUCCAAGACAUUCCGAUAAACAUCACGACGGGGUGCCAGGGUUUGUCUCUGCGCUAUAACAACCUGCUGGUUCUGCUGCCGUACCAGUUCGCCCAGCUCAAUCAGCUCAUCUGGCUUUACUUGGACCACAACUCCAUCCACAGCAUCGACGCCUUAGCCUUCCACGGCGUGCGCAGGCUGAAGGAGCUGAUCCUGAGCUCCAACAAGCUGAGCCUUCUGCACAACAACACGUUCAGUGCCAUACCAAACCUGAGAAAUCUGGACCUUUCCUAUAAUCAGCUGCAGUCUCUGCAGCCAGGCUAUUUCUACGGGCUGCGCAAGCUGCAGAAUCUGCACCUCAGAUCUAACGGGCUGAAGCAGAUCCUCAUUCGCACGUUUCUGGAAUGCCGCAGCUUGGAGUUCUUGGACUUGGGUUACAACCGCUUGCGCAGCCUCACUCGCACCACGUUUUUGGGGCUCUUCAAGCUGCGAGAGCUACAUUUGGAGCACAAUCAAUUCUCCCGGAUUAAUUUCUACAUUUUCCCACGCCUUACCAACCUCCAGGCGCUCUACCUGGCGUGGAACCGGAUUCGGUCGAUAAGCCAAGGGGUUCCUUGGACCUGGCCGAAACUGCAGAAGCUCGAUCUUUCCGGGAACGAAAUCCAAACUCUGGAGCCGGACGUCUUCCGCUGCAUGCCGAGCUUGCAGACGCUUAACCUGGAAACUAACAAGCUGAGCAGCGUUUCCGUGGAGGUGGUGGAGGCGUGGACCGCCCUGACCACAAUCAGCCUGGCGGGCAACGCCUGGGACUGCAGCCCCAGCAUCUGCCCCCUCAUGGGGUGGCUCCGGACUUUCAGGGACCCCAAAGACAUCAACAUGAUUUGCAGCGGCCCCAAGGCCACGCAGGGCGAAAGGGUGGUGGACGUGGUGAGGAACCGCUCGAUAUGCGCCGACGCCGCCAACAUGUUCUCGACCACAACCGUGGUCAUUCUAACCUCCACCCAAGCCGUGAGCGUCACGGUUUGGCCGGCGGCCACCGGAGCCCCGGCCCUGACUCGUCCAUCAGCGCCGCCACAGAAAUCUACCCCAUCUCCUCUGAGCCCUGCCGGGACACACAUAAAGAUGGCGGAUCCCACCACCACCAGCAGCACCCUGAGCUCUACACCCCCCUACUCUCCACAGACCCCUACGUCAUUUAUCCCAGAGCUGCAGUUUGAACAUAUGGCUUUCCAUAAAAUCAUUGCAGGCAGCGUAGCCCUGUUCCUGUCAGUGGCAUUGAUCCUGCUGGUUAUUUACGUCUCGUGGAGGCGCUACCCCAACACCAUGAGGCAGCUGCAGGAGCACUCAGUCAACCAUAAGCGCAGGAAAAAGGCCCGCAAGCAGGAACAGGACCUGAACUCUCAGCUGCAGGAAUACUACCUGACUUACCACUCCAACUCGGAGGCGCUGGACUCGCUGGUGAAUGAAAACAGGCCGUGCACGUGCACCAUUUCAGGAUCCAUAGAGUGCGAGGUGUGAGGCACGCGGUCUCGUUUCCGAGCAGAGAUAAAUGGAUUUUUAUGUUUUUCUCUCUGUUGGAGGAUAAGGAGGCUUUAUCUCUGAUGCGAGCAGAUAGUCUGCAGCGCUGAAGGAAACACUUGAGGCUUUUGCCACAACCAUGUGCGCAGAGAGGAUGAAUUGAAUGGGAAGAUACAUUUGGAGCUAAUUAUCGCCCCGACCGACACGGAGGGAGUGGUGGGAUUAGCUGUGUACGGUCCAAACCCACGAUGGGACAUCUGCUGCUGUGCAAACGGGCUCUGCAGAGAGACUGACCUUGUUCUCAGUUGGAGCAUACUCUUGUGAACCUACAAAGCCACUGUUUUUACUUUCUCAUUCAUGUAGCUCAUAAAGCAUUUAGGACAUGUGCGCUCUGUGAGUUUGUACGUGUGCGAGUGCGUCCUGAUGCCAUCUGGUCAGACGAGUAACAGAUCUACACCUUCUUCUCACAGAUAGCAUUAGUCCGGUUGAGUUGUCUCACAGUUGGCAGACGGGCUCAGCAGCAGCAGCCGUACCCAGCGUGUGUGUGUGUGUGCGUGCGUGUGUGUGUGUGCGAUGGGGGUUGGGGGCAAUCACAAAGAGAGCAUCAUUUGCAUGAAGCCACUCUCCUUAUUAAAGAUGCUUCUCUUCCAUGGGAGAUGAUCUGUCUGAACGGAUAAAAGAAAAUAUGUACGUUUUCCGUUUGUAUCGUCGCAAUCGACCCAAAUGAGGGAUAUUUAAAGCUCAUGAGACUAACCUCAGGACUGAGACGUACAAAUGUGUCAGGUCUGUUUAAGGCCUUGGAUGACUGUGUGUGUGUGUGCGUGUGUGAGUGAGUGCGAGACGAGUUACAGCGUUAAUUUUCAUAUCAGGUUUUGUAUUUAUUAUUGCUGUCAUUAUAUUUAUGCAUUGUUUGUGUAAAGAUAUACUAAUAUGUGUGUUUUUGACUGUACAAAUUACAAGAAACACUGACGGUCGAUGGGAGGAAAACAAACAAACAAGAAAAAAAAGAAAUCACAAGACAGAAAAAAGUCUGUAUUUUGCAAAUUUAUGACAGAAGUGUGCACACUCUGGUUAAAUCGCCCAUUUCACGAGGCGAAACCUUUAAUUUGACACGUCAGUUCGACUGAAGGAACAGAGGAAAAAUAUAACAAAGAGCAAAGCGCAGGAGCCCGGUUGCAUAAGUUUGUGCACCAUCAAACUAAUAUGCACCUUUUGGUUUCAUCUCAGCAUGAAGACUCACAUCAUCUUUAUGUUGUUAUGAAUCAGAGGAAAUUGAGAGGACGUCCAUCUGUCCUGGUCGGGUUUUUGCUGAUGUUUGCUGGUUUGUCCCUGUUAGCUGGAGAGAGAGAAAGAGAGAGAGACAGAGAGAGAGAGAGGUCACAGAGGAUCGAACGGAUCUCGUUGUGCGAAGGCACCAAAAAUUACACCACAAUGUUUGCAUGCCACAGUCCACUGAAUAAACUCAUCAACAAUCUAGGAGAUUAAUUGCAAAAUAAGUGACACAUUCAAUAAAACAACAGCAGGGUCACAGGACUUCCUGUUGCGUUCUGGUUGUACUGCUGUACUGCAGUAGUGCCUUAACCCGCCACUUAUAAAAACAAAUUGUUUUGUUGUCUAGAAGCCUCUCAUAGCCUUCAAAUUUAAUUGUAAUUUGCAAAAAUAACAAAUGAAUGAAUAAAAUCAUCAUAAGAUGUUAGGUCUCGGAAAAAUGUCUCUACCCGGGUCAUUCGCCAUCUGCCUCCCGUUCUGUUCUCUCUCCUGUGUUCUCCAUUUCUUUCUCAACUUUGUGGCUGAAAAUCCCUGAUGAAAACAAAAAAAGUUUCAUUUUCUAAGACGUGUGGCUCAACCACGAAACCUUAUGUUCAAAUUCCUCAACUAACUUGUAAGAAAUAAAACUUUGUAUAUAACCUUGUUGUCGCCACUGAAAUAUUCAAUUGGUUUGUUUCUAGUUGCUAAAUAGUUUAUCCAGGUUUCAUACGUGCUUGAACCAGAAUCAGGAAGACGUUGACACUGUUUGGUUAAGCCUGUGUUUACUGAUACUUCAUAUGUGUACUUUUGUCAUAUCGCUAUGACAUCAUUCACCGACUUCUCACAACACCGCAGCAGAUGACUAAGCUGCAAACAAAGCUGCAAAAGCAAAAGUAAGUUAAAAUGCUUGAGUGAAAACUAACAUUUCUAUUUGUGUGAUUAAGUAUGGCUGAUAGACAAAAGAAAAUAUGUUGGCCUGCUUAAAAUCUCUCCAAAUGUUCUGGUAAAACGAGUAACGGUGGAGUGAACCCAAACUUGAACCUUUCGCCAAAAAAACGAAACAAAAACAUACCCUCCCCACAAUGAAGCAUGGUGGUGGCAGCGUCAUGCUGUGGUGUUACUUUUCUGGAGGUUUUGGGUCUAUUUUGGCGCAGAGAGCUCUCACGUCUCCCCAUCAAAAUGAGCCCAAACACGUGUACGAAAACACUGGCUUCACCAGCAGAAGAUUAAUGGUCCAGAAUGGCGGAGGCAGAGCGCCGGACUAAAUAUAACAGAGCAUCUGGGCAAAUAUUAGCAGCAGAAGAUGUAGAGUGCUGAGACAGCAGUCUGCAAGCUGAAAUUGAAUGAAAAGGUGCUUCCACAAAGCGUCGCUUUAAGCGUGUUCACUAUUAUGUAACCGGGUUCCUCCUGCUUUUCAAAACGUUUUACGCACCAAACCCUCACCCGACCCGAUUGCUUCGUUUUUAUGAUCCAGUGUACAAAGCUAAUGUCGCAUUAAAAGGUGAGAAUAGUUUUAAAUCUA